AUGUCUGCCGCUUUCGAGAAGGCCGUUGCCGAUUCCAAGAAGCUUACUUCCAAGCCUUCUAACGAUGAUCUCCUCGAGAUUUAUGCUCUCUACAAGGUCGCCACCGGCGCCGACUUCUCCAAGGCUGACAAGCCUGGCGUGUUCGACCUGAAGGGCAAGGCCAAGUACAACGCCUGGUCCAAGAUCAACGACGAGGGUCUUUCCGCCGAGGAGGCCCAGGCCAAGUACGUUGCCAAGGUCGAGGAGAUGAAGACCCAGUACGGCUACGACGAGAACAAGGCCCCCGAGGCUGUUGGCUCCAACUAA